AUGCCGUGCAAUACUCGCUCAGCCACCGCCAAGCUUCUCGCUUCCGCAAUCGACGCCUCGUGCCGCCGUUUCCCUGCUGACGAGGAAACUCUUGCCGAGGCUCUUCUGCGUCUUCGAGCUAAACGAAAGGCUCUAUCUCGCUCUGGGAAGGCACCAAUUGAGAUUCUGAGUGCUGAAGAGGAUGACGGUGAUGGUUCCUCUGCUGCUGAGGAGUUCAAACACCUCUUUGACGGAUCGCAGGCCUCUCCGGAGGAUUUCUCCAAUCCUUUCGCUCCACAUCACCCGCUUUACCUUGACCGUGAGGCGCGUUACUCCGCCAAUCGCCGUGAAGAAGUGGUGAGAGAUCGCAUACAUCCUGAACUUAUUCGUCCUCGCCUGCGGCCUAUCGACAACUUUUUCUCUCUGGCUUCCAAGGACAGAUUUGUAUCCUUUCGCCUCCGGCCUUUUCAUAAUCAGAAAUAUCUUCCUCUGGAUGAUCCAAAGCUAGUUGGUGCUCGGAAGAUCAUUGAUGAUGCUGGACUGAUCUAUACGGUCCUUGAUGUUGAACCGUAUCGGCCGAUUGUUGUCCAUGAAUUUUAUGCAAAACUGGGUGAUUUGGAAUAUCACAACGGCACGAAUCGUAUCUACAUUCGUGGCUUGAUGUUUGAGUUUACUCCGGAAAUCAUUAACAAGAUGUUCCUGGUCGAUGACUCGUUGCCCUAUGGUGAGUGGGAACGGAUCAACAUUGAUGAAGCUGUCCAGUGUGUUUCUAGAGGUCGUAAGAAUCGGUGGGAAGGUUUUCGGUCUCAACACCUUACUCGUCUCAAUGGUGUUCUCUACAAGCUGUGCUGCUGCAACUGGAUUCCGACAACAAACAAUACCACCAUGGUCAAGGAACGCAUCCGUCUUCUCGCUUACAUUGUGCAAGGGCAUAAGUUCAACUUUGGUCAGAUGGUGUAUGAUCAAAUCCUGGCUGCAGCUCGGACUCCGGAGAUGGUGAACAACAAGCUGAUGUUUCCCAAUCUCAUUUUCCAACUCCUCUCCUUUCAGCACACGGUUCCGGAACAUCGAGGUGAUCGCCCCCUCUCAGGCUUUCCUCUCAAGAUCACGUUGGAUCCGAAAGCUGGGAAGGGCUCUGGUGAUGAUGAACCUCAGCCGGCUCCGUCUCUUGCGGCUGAUUUGGAACAACUGGCUACGUGGCUCAAACGAGUUCAGCUCAGGGUCCGAGGAGGAGAAUAUGCUGAGUUACGAACACAAGUCGAUGGUCCGGCGACUGCUGCAAACCGCGAUGGAGAUGAGAAUCGUUCGGUUGAGGGGGAGCAGGGUGAUGGCGCGUCAGCUGAGGGGGAGGAUAGCGAUGACGAUGAUGAUGAAAAUGAAUGGGCUGGAAAUUAG